CGCCCAGGCAGCCCCGGCACAGGAGCCGCCCCGGCGCGGUCGGGGCCGGAGUGCGGACCGUCUGAGCGCCCCGGAUGGGCCCGGAAGGUGCCUUGGGACGCUGAAGCUGAGCUGGCCAUGACGCUGCUGCCGGCGCCCCUGCCGAGGGCCUGGUCUGGGGAGACUGGCCGGCAUCCAGGAGAGCCGCCCCGACAGCGAUGCUCUUGACUCUCCUGUGAGGAAGGGGCUCGGGGGCCUGGGCCCCUGUACCUGGGCUGGGCUGGCCAGGAGCUGGGUGGGCAGACAGCUGGGCUGCAGCUAUGGACCGUGAGCUGGCCCGGCCCGCGUCCCCGCUGAGCCUGCCUGUCCGCAGCCGUGCCCACCAUGGGCUCCUUGGUGUACAUCACGGUGGAGCUGGCCAUCGCCGUGCUGGCUGUGUUGGGCAACGUGCUGGUGUGCUGGGCUGUGUGGCUCAACAGCAACCUGCAGAAUGUCACCAACUACUUUGUGGUGUCGCUGGCGGCAGCCGACAUCGCCGUGGGUGUGCUUGCCAUCCCCUUCGCCAUCACCAUCAGCACCGGGUUCUGCGCCGCCUGCCACGGCUGCCUCUUCAUUGCCUGCUUCGUCCUGGUCCUCACACAGAGCUCCAUCUUCAGCCUGCUGGCCAUCGCCAUUGACCGCUACAUCGCCAUCCGCAUCCCGCUGCGGUACAAUGGCUUGGUGACUGGCACACGGGCCAAAGGCAUCAUUGCCAUCUGCUGGGUGCUGUCAUUUGCCAUCGGCCUGACGCCCAUGCUGGGCUGGAACAACUGUGGCCAGCCGCGGGAGGGCCGCAACCACUCGCAGGGCUGCGGGGCGGGCCAGGUGGCCUGCCUCUUUGAGGACGUGGUCCCCAUGAACUACAUGGUGUACUACAACUUCUUCGCCUGCGUGCUGCUGCCCCUGCUGCUCAUGCUGGGCAUCUACCUGCGCAUCUUCCUGGCUGCCCGGCGCCAGCUGAAGCAGAUGGAGAGCCAGCCCCUGCCGGGGGAGCGCACCCGGUCCACGCUGCAGAAGGAGGUGCACGCCGCCAAGUCGCUGGCCAUCAUCGUGGGGCUCUUUGCCCUCUGCUGGCUGCCCCUGCACAUCAUCAACUGCUUCACCCUCUUCUGCCCCGAGUGCAGCCACGCCCCUCUCUGGCUCAUGUACCUGGCCAUUGUCCUCUCCCACAGCAAUUCGGUCGUGAACCCCUUCAUCUACGCCUACCGGAUCCGUGAGUUCCGCCAGACCUUCCGCAAGAUCAUCCGCAGCCACGUCCUGCGGCGGCAGGACCCCUUCAAGGCGGGCGGCACCAGCGCACGGGCCCUGGCCGCUCACGGCAGUGACGGGGAGCACGUCAGCCUUCGACUGAACGGCCACCCGCCGGGGCUGUGGGCCAACGGCAGCGCCCCCCAUCCUCAACGGCGGCCCAACGGCUAUGCCCUGGGGCUGGUGAGCACAGGAAGCGUCCGAGCUUCCCACAGGGACCUGAGCCUCCCAGACGUGGAGCUCCUCGGCCAGGAGCACAAGGGCGUGUGCCUGGAGUCCCCUGGCCUCGAGGACCCCCUGGCCCAGGAUGGAGCAGGAGUGUCCUGAGUGUCCCCAGGAAGGGGAUCUCGAUCUUCCUGCUUGGCUGGACCAGUCACACGGGGGACGAGAAGCACGGGCGAGCCAGGAGACGCUGCAGCUGGCUGGCUCCCCCCCACCCCCGGACUGAGGAGGGCGCCCCGGCUGGAGCAGCAUGAGGCCAGCAGGGAGGGUGCUGGGCCUGAGGAAGCAGGCGUCCUGUGCCGCGAGGCCCCCGUGCCAGGCUAGGGCCAAAGCACCAGCAGCACCUUCUCUGGGCAGGGCCCAGCCAGCCCCUCCCCCCGGGUCUGGAAGCCACAGGUGUCCGCAGAGCCCUGCCCUGGUCCUGAAGCUGGGGAGUAGCUCCAGCAGCUCCCCUUCCCCAGCACACCCCCCACUCUCCCCAGACUUUGCUAGGGUGUCAGAGCUGCUGGCCUGGAGGUGGUAUUUGCCUAUUUUUUUUUUCCAAGAGAAAAUGUAAGUGUGAGGAAAUCCCUUUUAUUUUAUUCCCGUCCUCUCCCCGGCUGCUGGGUCUGCUGGUCCUGCUGCUAUCUUGGAACAGGGAACCUCAGGCAGCUCCCUCCCUGCCCCCGGCCACCCCGAGCUGCCACACACUUCAGUCCCAGGGCCACCUCUUGGGGUGACAGAGCUGGGAAGGAGGACAGGGAGUUAUAGCAGGAGCACAGCUAAGGGCAGGUGCCUGGGUCACUCGGAGCUGUCCAGCUAGCAGCCCUGGCUGGCUGCCUUUCCUCUAAAGGGAUUGUUGUUUUGUCAGAUAAAAUAAA